CGAGCAUGGGCCUAGAUCGAUCUUUUGUACAAAUCUGGCCGAUCCACGUCUUCUGAGACUGCCUAGUUGAAUUCAGUAUAUCGGCAACACAUAGCUUGAAUCGUCUUAAAUGUAUUGCCAUUAAUUUGAGAGACAUUGAUCCGUCAACCGUGCAGCGACAAAAUGCCUUUUUGUUGUCGUCCGAGCAAAUUCUGUCUCGGGUGUCGCCAGAGACGCAUCAAAUGUGAUAUGGCCGUCCCUGUCUGCUCCCAGUGUAAAAGAGCUGGCAAGGAAUGCAUAGGAUACCGGGACGAGCUCCCUCUGUUAUUCCGAGACGAGAAUGCCCGCACCAUCAGACGAGCUACAGCUGCCCAGGCUCGAUCCAGAGCCCAAAGAAAGGAUGCAGGAUUCGAUUCCGCUUCUUCACCUGAUUUGCAGCUUAUAAGGUCAAAUCAAAAGCCUAUCUCGGCUACCUCAUUAUCCUCAACCUUGCCGUCCCUUGAUAUGGACGAACUCGGGCUGCAUUUCUUCGUCUAUCACUUCACCACUUACGCCUGGGCCGGCCGAUGCCCACCUCAAAACAUUACAUCGCCAUUUAUGCGUCGAUUCGGCGAAGAUGCGACUCUGAGAAGUGCGGUUGCUUCGGUCGGUUUAGCUGCCCUGUCGAAUAUUCGAAAGGAUGAGGCGAUCUUACGUGGAGCACGGCAGAGGUAUGGUCAAGCCAUCAGAAUAAUCCAGAGCACACUGAGAUCUAAGACCGCCUACCGACUGGACGGUACCAUGAAGAUAAUAUUGAUGGUUGCUCUAUUCGAGAUUGUCGACGCCAACCCGACGUCAAAGCUAUCAUGGAUCGUGCAUUUGCAAGGUGCAGCAGCCUUGCGGAAUCGGUCACCGCGAGAUUUCUUCACCAAGAACCAUCGUGUUCAGAUCAUGUUCACAUUUACUUUGAUUUUCAAAUACUUCCAGACCGGAGGGCGCUUUCCACUGGAGUUAGAAGGUUGGGCGGCGCCGGAUAUACCUGUCGAGGCCAACGAUGACUUUCCGCUUCUCGCCAAAGCCAGUGGCCAAUCAAUGAGCAGCGCUUUAACGGAGGCACUGGCCUGCGAAAUGCAGCUCGAGGGAUGGUCAACAAGCCUUCCUGCCAAAUUUGGUUAUAUGGAAAAAGUUUCAACAGACACCUCACAAUACUUCUCUGGUCGCUUCCACCUUUAUGAGGACGUCUGGGCUUCGCGGAUUCUAACCCACUAUCUCACGGGCCGCCUCUUUGUGAAUGAGUUGAUAUUGCACCUUGCGUCCCAAUGUGAUACUUCAAUCGAGCAAAUACCGCAUGCCCGCCGUAUGGUCAUCCAGUUGGCCGUCGAUAUUUGCGUCGCUGCCGCGAGUCAGCCUCUAUUUCCGGAUUAUAUGAGCCCCGACGGAAGAGAUUAUAUAAGCCUCAACAUAAACGGCGCAAUGCCUCCACUCAGUGGCGUCUUCUUGUUUAUGUACCCCCUUGCAGUGGCUGCAACUGCGACUGGGGUGUCCGACGACGUCCGUGAAUGGGUGUUGCGUACUCUUGAUCAUAUCGGUCAGACCAUGGGUAUCCGUCAGGCUUUGUUGAUGAAAGCCGAGCUAGCACAGUCCUUACCGAGAGUGCACUCCUCCGUCUAGUUCGAAAAUCCAUCUAAAACGGCUGGAAUUCUCAGGCAAAAAGGAGCGAACCCAGACAGGACAGAAGACAUUAGAAGUGAAUAUUAUGAGCGCUGUGACUAACAGUCCCGGUGUCGCCGUU